UCUCGCUCAGGCCCCGCCCUCAGCCCCGCCUCCGCGUCCCGGCCCGCUUUCCAGGCUCGCUAGGCACCGCCCCGCGAGGCCUGGGCUCUACUCCACCGUCCACGCCGAGCCCCUCUUCCCCCGCUGGGACCCGCCCGCCGGGGGCGGAGCUGGGCCAGGUGCGGGCCGGGGCGUGGCGGCGUCCGCGAGCGAAAUCAGGACCUUUGAUAUUUAGGAAAACUAUGUUUAACUCUACUGAGAUCAAGUUUUCUGUGAAGUCAUUCAGUUGUUCCGGACCUGUGAAGUUUACCAUAGAGUGGUAUCUGAAGUAUCAUGUCUGUCACAAUGAACAUUCUGAGCUGGAAGAGCUGUCCCAGAAACAUGAACUUCGUGUUGACCAAGACUUUUGUAGUUAUUUGAAGAACACUGACUGUUGGACAACGAGAAAUGAAAACUUGGAUUGCAACAGUGAUUUACAGGUGUUUCCUUCGUUGAAUAAUAAAGAACUAACAAGUAACCGAAAUACUUCAAACCAGGAAGGAUCAAUGGAUGUUGUAGCAAGAACACAGAGAGAUGGGUUUCAUAUCUUUAUUGUUUCUGUUAAGACAGAAAAAACAGAUGCCAGCUGGAAUUUGAAUGUUUCUCUUUCUAUGGUGGGGCCUCAUGGAUAUAUCUCUGCAUCAGAUUGGCCUCUAAUGAUUUUCUACAUGGUGAUGUGUAUUGUUUAUAUAUUGUAUGGUGUGCUUUGGCUGAUGUGGUCUGCCUGUUACUGGAAAGAUAUAUUAAGAAUACAGUUCUGGAUUGCAGCUGUUAUUUUCCUAGGAAUGCUUGAAAAAGCAGUGUUUUAUUCUGAAUACCAAAACAUCAACAACACUGGACUGUCAACCCAAGGUCUCUUGAUAUUUGCGGAGUUGAUAUCUGCGAUAAAGAGGACAUUGGCCCGCCUGCUUGUGAUCAUUGUGAGCCUGGGCUACGGCAUUGUGAAGCCUCGUCUGGGGACGGUCAUGCACCGGGUGAUUGGACUGGGGCUGCUUUACUUCAUCUUUGCGGCCAUUGAAGGCGUGAUGAGAGUCAUUGGGGGUUCUAAACAUUUAAGUGUUGUUUUGGGUGACAUUAUUUUAGCAGUUAUUGACUCCAUUUUUGUAUGGUUCAUUUUUAUAAGUUUGGCACAAACUAUGAAGACUCUAAGACUAAGAAAAAACACAGUGAAAUUUUCCUUGUAUAGGCACUUUACAAAUACUCUCAUCUUUGCUGUACUGGCUUCUGUAGUGUUUAUGAUAUGGACAACGAAGACAUUUAGAAUGGCAAAAUGCCAAUCAGAUUGGAUGGAACUCUGGGUUGAUGAUGCAUUUUGGAGCUUCCUUUUCUCACUUAUCCUUAUUGUAAUAAUGUUUUUGUGGAGACCAUCUGCAAAUAAUCAGAGAUACGCCUUCAUGCCCUUAAUAGAUGAUUCUGAUGAUGAAGUUGAAGAAUUCAUGGUCACAUCUGAAAAUUUAACUGAAGGAAUAAAGCUAAGAGCCUCAAAAACAGUUUCCAAUGGAACAGCUAAACCUGCUACUUCUGAUAAUUUUGAUGAAGAUUUGAAGUGGGUUGAAGAAAAUAUUCCCUCUUCAUUCACAGAUGUAGCUCUCCCGGUGUUAGUGGAUUCAGAUGAGGAAAUUAUGACCAGAUCUGAAAUGGCUGAAAAAAUGUUCUCUUCAGAAAAGAUAAUGUGAUUGGACCCUGUAUAAAUGAAACCAAGUUAACGGUAAAGGACUGUCUUUCCUCAGGCCUAAGAAAACUUUGUAUUGAUAGAGCACAGGAAGUUUUUACUGUGUUAUCUUGGAAAUCCGUGUAUUAAAAUGAAGGAUUCAGGUGGAGGCGGGGAGGUUCUACGACACCCUUAAAGCUGACUUUUAAAUGUCAGUUUAAUGUCCAUUGAACUGCCUGGACUUGGAAAUAAUCUGAGAACAGCAGUAUCACCACAGAGAUGUAUCACAGGCAUCUGUGAGUGGGCUGUGGCAGGCCUGUGCGUUUGGGUUCUGUCUCUUUUCUCUGGAAAAUACGAUAAUUCCAGGUUUUUAAAAAAUUUAUAUAAACAGGCCUGCUAUACUUUCCACUCAGCUUGGAAGUAGAUGAUGGUGUGAUUCUUCUGCAGUGGAGUGUAUCAGUGUCUCCAUCUUUGGGAUUUAUAGGUACCAGACGCAAAGAUCAUUUCCUUUUACUUUCAUGCUGAAGGAACUUAACUUCGGAACCUAGGCUUGUUUAUGUGUUUCUUUUGCCUUUUGCUGGUGGUCUGCACAACGCCCUUGUCUAUAAAUAUUGCUGUGCACAUGGGUUCCUGGAGUGAGGUCUUCUCUGAGCUCAGGAGACAUGAGUGUACAAGGAGAGAAGUCUUGAGGGUCACUUCCAGAGAUCUGCUCUGCUACUGUCCCCACCCUCGGGCCAUGGGUACAUGGCUGCUGCUGCGUCUGCCGGGGUAGGUGUUGGCUUCCCCUGAGAAUUCCCACUUAGCCGGGCGGGCCCUCUACUCCUGCUGAGCCUUGUGGAAACCAGAACUGUUAUUUACAUCAUCUUGGUAUUUUCUGUUUCGUAAUAAAGACAUAUAUUUAAUAACGCA